AGUUGAUAAGCUGCAAUAUAAAUGUACACAGGCUCCUGCUCAGGCUAUCUCACAGCAUGAAGCACUCGCUUUCUUCUGUUCUCCCAAAUAUUUUCACGCAAGAUCCAGAAAGGACCCUUUGUCUCUAGCCGGAAGAAAAGAUCUUCAAAGAACAAAGAGCCUAAAAUGGGUCUGCUGAGCUCUAAAACCAAGCAAGCCCAUAUUCUUCUCCUGGGACUUGACUCCGCCGGGAAGUCUACUCUCCUUUAUAGACUGAAGCUUGCUAAGGAUGUUACAACCAUCCCGACAAUAGGUUUCAAUGUGGAGAUGAUCCAGCUGGACAGCAGUUUCUCGCUCACUGUCUGGGAUGUCGGAGGACAGGACAAAAUGAGAGCUGCCUGGAGCUACUACUGUGAGAACACGGAUGGGCUGGUGUACGUUGUGGACAGCACAGACCAGCAGCGACUGGAUGUCUCCAGGAGAGAAUUUAAGCACAUUCUGAAGAAUGAGCAUAUUAAAAAUGUGCCUAUCGUCAUAUUAGCUAACAAGCAAGACGUGCCUGGAGCUCUGACGGCCGAAGACAUUACCAGGAUGUUCAAAGUGAAAAAGCUCUGCAGUGACCGGAACUGGUAUGUGCAGCCCUGCUGUGCCCUCACGGGCGACGGGCUGACUGAAGGAUUCAGGAAACUAACAGGGUUUGUGAAAAGCCACAUGAAAUCAAGAGAUACGUUAGCAUUCGUCCAGCAGAAAUGAGGCUGUGGAAAGGUCCAAGCCUUAAAAGAGACGCUGAUGACGAUACGGUAACUCUUUUCCCUGGCGAGUGCGAAAAGCAAGUAACAGAGUUGGUAAACUUUCUUCAGAUCUUAUUUCACCUAAUUGCAGCUGAACAACUCUAGCAAAUGCCUGUUGUUAGCUGAGAGCUUUACAAAGCCUGGGGUAAUGAUCACUGAGAAGGUUUUAUUGUAUUUUGCAAAAUUUUAAUAUGUUGAAUGAUCCAGAAUAGUAAUAUUUGGAACAAAUAAAUUAUUUACUAAUUUUAUCUGA